AUGUACGUACGAUAUUGCCAGAAUAAACCAAAAUCAGACUAUCUCGUUUCUCAAGAGGACUUUGAACAGUUCUUCGCUGAAACGAAAGCGAAACUAGGACAUAAAGUGGCAUUGAGCGACUUACUUAUCAAGCCAGUGCAGCGUAUUAUGAAGUAUCAACUACUUCUGAAAGAUAUUCUGAAGUUCACCGAAAGGGCCAAGGACAAGACGGAUAUUCUGAAGAAGGCGCUUGUGGUGAUGCACGUGGUACCAAAGGCCUGCGAUGAUAUGAUGCAAGUUGGACGACUUCAGAAUUUCGAUGGAAGUUUGAACGCUCAGGGAAAACUCCUCUAUCAAGGUACUCUUCCCAUCUCGGACAGUCAAGGCGGCACAUCGCAGAAAGCCAAAGAUCGUCGUAUUUUCCUCUUCGAACAAUCAGUAAUUAUAGCUGAUCAUAUACCACCGAAAAAGGAUUUUGGCAAUCCGAUCUACAUAUUCAAAAAUCAAAUUAUGGUGAACAAGAUGCUAUUCGAGCCAUCGGUUGCUGACGACCCGCUCAAGUUCAUCAUUCGUAGUUCGGAUCCGGCUCAACCGACAGCGUUCAUUGCCACUGCACAGACACAGGAAGAGAAGACUAAGCUAUGGCGCGUCCCUUUCGCGGCCCAGAGCCAACAACUCACUGUUGGAGAAUUUCAGAAUGAAUGGGUACGGUACAUCAGUGAACAACUCGAUCAACAGAAACGAAUGCUGGCUGCAUUGGUGGAUCCACGACGAUUUAUGGGCGGUGCGACAGAUGAUCUGAGUGGUUCGAUGGCUGGCAUGGGGUUGUAA